AUGAGUGAGCCUACACAGAUUUCGUUUUCGACGAUCGACGAGGCCGUCAAGGCACUGAGCGAAGGCGGCCUGGUGGUGGUCAUGGACGACGAGGACCGCGAGAACGAGGGCGACCUCCUCCUCGCCGCGCGCCACGCCACGCCCGCCAACGUCGCCUUUGUCCUGCGCCACUCCACCGGCAUCCUGUGCGCCCCCAUGCCCGCCGCCACUGCCGACGCGCUCGACCUUCCGCCCAUGGUCGACUCCAACACCUGCCCCAAGGGCACCGCCUUCACGGUCACCGUCGACGUGCGCGACGGGACCACGACCGGCGUGAGCGCGGCCGAUCGCGCCGCCACGUUCCGCGCGCUGGCCGACGGCUCGGGCGCGACGACGGCCGACGACUUCAUCCGGCCGGGCCACGUCUUCCCCCUGCGGGCGCGGCCCGGCGGCGUGCGCACGCGGCGAGGACACACCGAGGCCGCCGUCGACCUAUGCGAGCUCGCCGGCAUCUACCCACCUGUCGGUGUGAUUGGAGAGAUCAUGGACAAGGACUCGGGGGAGAUGAAGCGACUGCAGGGCUGCUACGAGUUGGCGCGCGACCACAACCUGCCCAUCAUCACCGUCGAGCAGCUCGUGCGCUAUCUCGACGCCCGCGACGCCGCCGCCGCAGCGCAGCAGUCCGAGGAGGUGAGGCUGGUGGCCGAGUGCACGGUGCCGAUCGAGCGCAGCGGGGCCUAUCUGGGCGAGUGGCAGAUGAAGGUCUACGCCGGCGAGAAGAAGGGCCAGCACGACGAGCCGCACAGCCACAUCAUCGCGCUGGUCAAGGGCGACGUGACGGCCGACGACGGCCGCGCAGUGCUGGCGCGGGUCCACAGCGAGUGUUUCACCGGCAACACGAUCGGCAGCAUGCGGUGCGACUGCAACGACCAACUCACCGAGGCCCUCAAGAUGGUGGCCGAUGCCGGGCGCGGCGUGGUGCUGUACGUCCAGGGCCACGAGGGCCGCGGCAUCGGCCUGGUCAACAAAAUCAAGGCUUACAAGCUCCAGACCGAGGAGCGGCUGAACACGUACGAGGCGAACACGGCACUCGGGCUGCCGGUGGACGAGCGCAGCUACGAGACGUCGCGCGCCAUCUUUGCGCACCUGGGCAUCCGCACGCUGCGGCUCAUCACCAACAACCCGUCCAAGAUCGACGCGCUGCGGGGCAUGGUGGCCGACAGCGUGCCGCUGCUCUCGCCCGUCAACGAGCACAACGCCGGCUACCUCAAGGCCAAGCGCGACAUGGAGCAGCAGCUCAGCACCCUCAAGCGCUCGACCGACAGCGCCGGCACCCACCGGCAGCUCAAGCGAUCGAUCAAGAGCAUUCUCGACGAGCACCCGGCGUCGGGCGUGGCGGCGGCCAAGGAAUCGGGGGUCUCGGCGGCGGUCAGUGCGGCACUGCUGGAGGAGGCGCAGGCGUUCAACGCCUACGCGGCGGCGCCGUCGGUGGCGCUGGGCGCCGGCUGCUCGAUCGAGACGUCGCACAUCACCAAGGAGAUGCCGCUCACCAUCCCCGACCACGUCGACACCACCCGGCUCCGAGUCGGCAUCGUCCGCACCCUGUGGAACGAGGGCUUCGUCGGCCCGCUGACGGCUGGCUGCAAGAAGGGUUUGGCGGCGGCGGGCGUGCCGGAGAAGAACGUGGUCGAAGUAUCGGUGCCGGGCUCGUUCGAGCUGCCCUACGCCGCACUGAGCCUGGCCCAGUCGGGCAAGGUCGAUGCCGUCGUGGCGCUGGGCGUGCUGAUCAAGGGCGAGACGGCCCACUUUGAGAACAUCUCGGCCGCGUGCGCCAACGGCCUGAUGGAGGCCGGCCUCAAGACGGGCGUGCCAGUGCUCUACGGCGUGCUCAACUGCUACACGACGGACCAGGCCAAGGCCCGGUGUCUGGCCCCCAGCCAGCUGCCCAUGUCGCUGGGCCUCUCCGCCGUGCGCAUGGCCGCACUCAAAACCAACGCCUUGUAA